AUGGAUUUUGACGCUAUGGAUAUUGAGCCCCAAGGGCCACAGGUCACAGUGCGAGAUGUCGAAACGCACCGAGUUGACUUCCGCCUCAUGUCCGUCGACCUUGCCUUUGCCAACUCUCUCCGUCGCGUGAUGCUCACCGAAGUGCCCACCGUUGCUAUUGAUGUCGUCGAGAUCGAAUCAAAUACCUCCGUUUUGCCUGAUGAAUUCAUCGCGCAUCGGCUGGGGCUGAUUCCCUUGCAUUCGAAAAACUGCGACGUCGACAUGGUCUACGCGCGCGACUGUGAUUGCGAAGGUGGCUGCUCGCGAUGCAUUAUUACGCUACAGCUCCAUGCGAAAUGUACGGGGGAAGGGGUUAUGGUGGUGUACGCGCGAGAUCUGGUUGUGAUUGGGGACCGGGCGAAUGAGUGGGUUGGGAAUCCAGUGAUAAAUGACCCGGCUGGGAAAGGGCCGAUCAUUUGUAAACUGCGACGAGACCAAGAGGUUAAAAUGACUUGCACAGUGAAAAAGGGAAUCGCGAAGGAACACGCAAAAUGGGCGCCGACAGCGGCCAUUGGGUUCGAGUACGAUCCGCAUAAUAACUUGAGACAUGUGGAUUAUUGGUAUGAAGAGGAUCCGGUCAAGGAAUGGCCUGUCUCCGCCAACGCAGAAUGGGAACAUCCCGCACCACCUGAUAUGCCGUUCGACUACGAUGCCGCACCUUCCACUUUCUACCUCGACGUCGAAAGUAUCGGCAACUUAGAACCGGACGCCAUCGUUCAACAAGGAAUCAGCGUCCUUCAGCGGAAACUCGCAGAAAUCAUAUCGGCCCUGAGUGGAACUGGCGACGCCGCGGCGCGCGGAGAGGGUAUGAAUGGCAUGGAAGUCGACGGUGGUCGGAGCCCCGAUGCGUAUGAACCACCAGAAGGUAUUGAUGGUAGCUUCAGUGCGUACGCGCCGAAUGGCGUUGGAGCUGGUGCUGGAGGGCAGAGCGUAUGGGGUGCUGCUGGUGGCACCACCCCAUACGGGGCGACCCCGUAUGGCCAGGGCUACGGAUUCUAG